AUGGCCAAUCGCAUCAACCCAAUAUGUAAUCUCCUUAUUGGCUCAGCACAACAAGCCUUUAUUAGAGGAAGAUCCAUAACAAACACCGCACUGGACAUUCUAACAGUGCUAAGAAACCAAACUGACCAGUUGAAGCAGCACUGGCUCCUGUUACUAGACCAACAAAAAGCAUUCGAUAGAGUUAACCACUCUUAUUUGCAAACAGUCCUCCAAAAAAUGAACUUUGACCCAAAAUUCACCAGAAUCGUCAACAUGCUUUUUUCAACUCAACAAGCACAUAUUACAGCAAGCGCAGUAUAUGCAGAUGAUCUGACAGUGGGAUUCAGCUCCACAACAGACUGGGAUAGCUUUACAAAUACUAUUAACAAAUAUGAAAAGGCAUCAAAUGCUAAG